CGGCACCGCCUCCCUGCGCGGCCACGUGGACGGCGGCGCGGCCGCGGGCGGGAUCUGGUGGGGCCGGCGCGCCGGGACGGUCCGGUACGAACAGGGCGCACGGAACAACACAACACAGCACAGCCCCGGUCUGCACCGGGCCGCACAGCACCGCUCCGGUCUGUAACCGCCCCGCCCCGGGCUGCACAGCAUCGCUCCGGUCGGCUCCACACUCGCUCCGUACCGCCAUGAGCGUGGGGUUCAUCGGGGCCGGGCAGCUCGCCUUCGCCCUGGCCAGGGGCUUCACGGCGGCAGGAGUCCUGGCCGCGCACAAGAUCACGGCGAGCUCCCCGGACACCGACCUGCCCACCGUCAGCGGGCUGCGGAAAAUGGGCGUUAACUUCACGGUGAGCAACAAGGACACGGUGAAGAGCAGCGACGUCCUCUUCCUGGCCGUGAAGCCCCCCAUCAUCCCCUUCAUCCUGGAGGAGGUGGGCCCCGACAUCGAGCCCCGACACAUCGUGGUCUCCUGCGCGGCCGGUGUCACCAUCAGCUCCAUCGAGAAGAAACUUUCUACCUUCUGCCCCACACCAAAAGUGAUCAGGUGCAUGACCAACACCCCUGUGGUUGUCCGGGAAGGUGCUACAGUCUACGCCACUGGGACUCAUGCGGAUGUGGAGGAUGGGAAGCUCUUGGAACAACUCAUGGCCAGUGUAGGCUUCUGCACCGAGGUGGAAGAGGACCUGAUAGAUGCCGUAACGGGGCUCAGCGGCAGUGGCCCUGCAUAUGCGUUCACUGCCUUGGAUGCUCUGGCGGAUGGGGGAGUGAAAAUGGGACUUCCCCGCAGGCUGGCCGUCCGACUGGGAGCACAGGCUUUGCUGGGUGCUGCCAAAAUGCUGUUAGAAUCUGAGCAGCAUCCCGGUCAGCUGAAGGACAACGUCUGCUCGCCCGGGGGAGCCACCAUCCAUGCCCUGCACUUCCUGGAGAGCGGUGGCUUUCGCUCACUCCUCAUCAAUGCUGUGGAGGCUUCCUGCAUCCGGACAAGGGAGCUGCAGCAUCUGGCAGACCAAGAGAAGAUCUCCCCAGCAGCCAUAAAGAAGACUUUGUUGGAUAAGGUGAAGCUGGAGUCUCCUUCUCUGUCCAUGGCACCUGCCAGCAAAGUCAGUCUGUUCAACAAUAAGAGCCACAGCAGCAAGAAGAACUGACCAGACUCCUGUAGUCUGGCUGUGCUGGACAUCAGUCUCCUCCAUGCCCUUUCUUUUUUAUCUAAGGAAAAACGCUCUCUCUGGAUGUUGGUGUCCCCCGUACCUGGCUCUUGGCUCGCAGCAGCUGUGGGGCAGUGCAACGCUGUAGAAGAGGGUCUUUAACCCAUAGUGGGGUUGGUGCAAACUGUCCCUGGCAUUGCUGUUCUCUCUUGGGCAGGGGCGAUACUGUCAUCAGAGUUUCAUCAAGGGCACUGUUUGUCCAGAAGCCUUGGAUACUUCUAGGACUCGGGCAGCGUCUGGUGUCCCAUGCAGAAAUGGUUUCUAAUAGGAUUUUUUUUUUUAAGAGGUCUCAGAAUGCCUUUUGGUCUCAAAGGUUAGAACCAGGUCUGGACCCCUCUUGCCCCAUCUUGCAUCUGCUGCCAGAGCUUGUGUCUUGUCGCUGUCUUUGUUAGCUAGAGCAGGUGCUGCCACGCAAAUGCAGCGCUGUGCACUACGUUAGAGGCCCUAAAGCACCUCACAAGGGACCAAAGUCCUUCUGCCCCGUCUCCCAUCUGCCUUGACUUUGAGAGACAGACGGUGUGAACCUCUGGACCACGCUCUGUUUCUCUCUUUGCUGGCCACCCCUCUCUCUGCUCUGUCUGGUUUGGGGAGCCGUGAACUGCUCUCGCUGUCCCUCCUUUGCUGCCAGCCUGGCUCGGGGGGUUGGGCAGGUGGAGGGGCAGUGGUGCUCCCUCUUCCCUGUCUCUGGCACCUCUUCAUGCUCUCCAUGGGCAGAAUCUGCUCCCACACGCCCAUGGAAAUGUUUCAGCGUCACUGUGCUCCCUGAUGCUCUCCUUGCUCUUUGCACUGCUCCGGGGCAGCCAGGAGAAGAGUUGAACUCGAGGACAACCUGCUCCAGAGAAAGGCACCUUCUGCACCAUUCCCUUAGGCUCCAGCAGGGUUUGUACCCAGGAGCUGGGCUACUGCGUGGCAGCAGGACUCUUCCUCGGCACCUUUCCUCGCACCAGGCUGUACCUCCUUCUUGGACUGCAGUCUGGAUGCCUGUUGACAGUGGCUGCUCUGCUUCAGCUUGCGCAGUCCAGCUGUGUUGUGGUGGACUGGUUGUCCAUUCCAGACAGCGUUUCUCCCAGCAGAGCCCCUGGGCUGGUGAAACCCAGCAAAGCAGCCCCAUGGUGUCACCUUAUGUUGGCACAAUUAUGUCUCUUUGGUGUUUUCUAGAUGGUUUUUUGUUUCUUUUUUCCUGUUUUCCUUGAAGGUGUUGCACUGCUAAUGGCUAGAAGGGAAAAAUACCUAGAAAGAAGUUGGAGGCUGCUUCAUGCAGUUGCAUUCUUAGUUCCUUAGAAUACAAGACUAAAGGGAAACACUGUCACCUGGUCUGGCUCCGAUCUUGUCCCGUCUCACCUGGUUUGUCCUGUGUGAGACCGAGGAGGAAAGUCAGACUCUGCUUGACACAAAAGAGGUUCAGGGAGGACUUGAGAAUGCCCGAUGCCUGUCCAACAACAACCUGCUUGGUGAAAUACACCCAGAUGAGUACGCUUUUGCAGAGGAGGAAGACUCUUGCUCUUCUGGUCUAGAGAAUUUCCCAAGUCUGACUUUAAUUUAUAAGAAAGAACAGCAGUGAAGUACGGGGUCUAGAAGCAGUGGUCCUUUCUGCCCCUGAAUCUCCAGUGUUUGUGAGGGAAGGCAUCUGGCCAGGGUUGUGUAGCCGCGUCAGAGGGUGGCCCUGCGGGACAGCCCCAGCGCAAGCAGGGCCUCUGCAGUGUGGGGGGAGACGCAGCUCCCCGUCCCUGGGCACUUGGGAAAGGAAGGAAUGAGGGGUGUAGACUCAAAUGGCGAAAGGGACCAACGCUCUGAUCAGACAGAAGGUGGAAUACAGCUCGUCCUUUAGGACAGCUAACCUCUCCUUCAGGCUCAGUCUUGGGAGCCAGCCCCGGAGCAGCAGCAAAGAGAAGACGGUGUCUACUGCUUUCUGUGGUUUCUUUAUAGCCAAUGUCCCUGCGUGGCUUCCUUGCCUCUCUCCUUUUCUCCCAGAGCCUGAGUCCUGUCCCAAGCUGGAAACCUGCACGAAGCAUCACUUUCCGCUCUCACUUCUACGGGGCUGCGGUGGGAGCAACGGGCUGGAGGGGAUGGAAUGGAUUUGGGUGGGUGGAUAACUGUCAUACUGUAGUCUACGCUGGGGUACACCGGGGGGGUGCUGGUGAAAGGAGGACAUUUAAGAUGGGCUUAUUCUCUCCUGAGGAAUCUUGGACCUGCAGGGGAUGCAGGAAAAGCAUUUUGGUAUCGACGCAGAGGCUGACAAAGGUGCUAGUAAUGUUAAAGCAUUUUUAGUUGUUAGGCUUUCGGCAGGUAGCAAGGUAUGACCUUAUAGGCACAACAGAUGGUUACUCUUCUUCACAUAAUAAACUGCU